AUGGGUGAUUUUCCAUUCGACUUGGGAAUUCCGUCUCUGGCUCGUGGGUCGGACCGUUCCCUAAAUUAUUCACUUCCUCACAACCUUUCCCUUCGAGUCUUUGUCCUGAAAACAGUUCCUUCUUCGCAUCUCUCAAGUGAGAAGGAUUUGGUCUCAUCUCUUCCUGGAAAGCCUAAACCCUCACUCUUCCAAGCGGACAUCAAUCCCGGAAAAAAAAAUAAAAAAAAGAGGCUUGCAGGUCUAGUCGCAUACCCCUAUCGUCUUAUUGUUCUAUUCGUUGCAGUGGUAAACUCAUUGAAUACUAAAAUAUGGUUUAGUCACACCCUUCAAGAGUGUACAUUCUGAAUAGCAAACAGAGCAUUUGAUUCCAUUCCUGAAAACAAUUCUAUCACACACGGCGAAUCGAGUUCAAAGAACUCUCCCCAAGCUUAUUCGUGCAAAGAUCCAGCAUUCCUUCACUUAUCAUAUAGAAUAACGAUCGACAAGUCCAGAGUGUGCACCAACGAGAGAUUGAAGUACGCUUGCAAGACUCUCCGAAUAGCAGCAUUCUUCUCUACUAUGUGAUUAUGUGAGAAGUCAGUCUCAAGACUGUCCCGGCACAGAAGGCAUUUCAUACGGCUGUUCAGGCUAGCAACAGAUUCUCCGGUAAGAUAGAUUCAGUCAGUUCCGGCCGGCAUUCAAUCAAGAAAGAAAAGAAAUGGGCAUUGCUUGAGUUGAGCUAAGUCAAGCUUUUUUUCCAAGUGUUGUAAAGACGGGCUACAACGAAAGUCAACAAGAAAGAUGAAAACUUCUGUCACUGCGCACCACUUUG